CUUUAUCAUCUGAUGACAUAUUUGACCAUAUAUGAGACAAAUCGAAGAAUCAGUUGAUGCAUAAAACUAGAUUAUUGCAGAGAAACAGAGCCAAAAAUGGUUAACACACGCAACGUGGUCCUUCGAAUGUCAAUACGCAUGCGCACAACGUCAACAAGUAUGGCGUCCGCCGGCGACUGGUGUUUGAUUGAGAGCGAUCCAGGAGUAUUUACAGAACUAAUAAAAGGAUUUGGUGUGAAAGGUGUUCAAGUGGAGGAGCUGUGGAGUCUUGAUUUGGACAACCUGAAAAACCUAAAACCUGUCCACGGUUUGAUCUUCUUGUUCAAAUGGAAAGCAGACGAUGAGCCGCAGGGAUCGAUCGUACAGGACAGCCGUCUGGAAAAACUAUUUUUUGCGAAACAGGUGAUCAACAACGCGUGCGCAACACAGGCAAUCCUCAGUAUUUUGCUCAACUGUCAGCAUCCAGACAUCGAAAUAGGGAAAACGCUAUCGUCUUUUAAGGAUUUCACACAGUCAUUUGACCCUGCGACUAAAGGGUUAACAUUGAGUAAUUCUGACACAAUCAAAGAAGUUCAUAACAGUUUUUCAAGACAGCAGAUGUUUGAGUUCGAUCAGAAACAGUCGGGAAAAGAUGACGAUGUGUUCCACUUUAUCGGGUAUAUACCUAUUGACGGGCGGUUAUACGAGUUGGAUGGUCUGAAGGAUGGACCAGUCGACUUGGGUGCCAUUGGUGACAAAGACUGGUUAGAGUUGAUCAAGCCGAUUAUAGAACAGAGGAUUCAAAAAUAUAAUGUAGAUGAAAUUCACUUCAACCUGAUGGCGAUAGUGUCGGAUAGAAAGACAACGUACCAGAAACGCCUUGAUUUGCUUAGUAAACAAGUUCAGGAUAGCGGCAUGGAUACGAAUGAUGUCCAUGCGGAGGUGACGCAUCUCAAGAUGAUGAUUCUGGAGGAGGAAAAGAAAAUGCUCAGAUAUAAGACAGAGAAUGUCCGGCGGCGACAUAAUUAUCUUCCGUUCAUCAUGGAGCUACUAAAGAUACUGGCCAAGGAAGAGAAGUUGGUUCCUCUCGUUGAAAAGGUAAGUCCGAGCAUUGCAUAGAGAAGACAGAGGAAAAGAAGCAGAAGGAGGGGUCGACGGUGAAGUGAUUGUAAGAGAUGUAGCUGCUUCAUUGGUCUGAGUGAUAUUUGUACGAGCUGGGUAGUGUGCUAUAAGUCUGACUGUGUUCAGGGCCUAUUGUUCGACUCGGCAGCUGAUUAUCACUUCUAAAAGCUCUACCGUACGGUAACAACCGCGAGAAGUGUAAAAAAGCUCAGAUUUCAAAUAAAACAUCCCUACUUGCCGUUUUAAUUUAGCACCAUCACUGGGCAGAUUACCCUCAAGAAUAACCCUCAACAAUCCCUGAUUAUCACCCUGACUAAAAGGGGUGUUUAUUGCAGGUGGAAUUUAAGUUGUUUGAGACUAAUUGCAAAAAAAAUUGGUGACAAUCCAGUUCACUACUUUGGCUGGUAUGUCUAAUACUCAACGACGUAUGGGCCUAAGGCCACACCAAUUUAAUUGUUAGUUUAACGGAUGUUUUGUAAUGAAAAGGUGGAUGAUGAGGGCAGAAUGAAAAUAAAAAUAGAAUUUUUUUCUGUUGCUAUUUUGCUGGUGAACAUUCAACAGUCCUCAUGAAAACACCAUAUUAGGAAUUAUUAUAGUUUUGAAAAGCAGAAUUUAAGACAUCAUUUUCCUCCAAUUGCAGUUGCUUCAACAUAACAGUCUGUGUUAGUUGCAUUUUCUUGUUAUAUUCUGAUGGGAUCACCUCAUGCAAAAAUAAUUUUAUUUGAAGAAUGCACUUUGGGGCAUGAGGGAGGAUUAAAAAAAUUAUUGGUUUUCAGAUUUUUAUGCACGAGGGAAAUCCGUUAAACUAACUAUUUAAUUGGUGUGGCCUAAGGAGUAAAGACAGUACCAUUUCAAGCGAUGUUAUUGAUAUGAACGAUUUUGGUAAAUAAAUGUACAUUGUAUAGCGUAAGAAUUGUA